AGGAAUGACAGACCACAAUCAAUCUUUUACCUUUUUUUGCCAUGGCGACAAAGACUUGUUAAGCAACGAAGCAAGGCGCUGGAAUAACGUGGCAUUCAAGACGUGUCGCUUCAAAGAUGCUGACGUUACGGAGCGGACUUCCUCCCUAAGGCGUAUGAAUGUCAGACGUCAAGAUGAAGACCUCUUUCAGAGAGGAUUAAAGGCACAACUAGACCCAAGCAUGCAGGAAAGAGGGACAAAACCUUCCGGUGUGUGAUGAGAAAUUUCAGAGAGACCACCAGUGAGCAAACCUCCAUUAACUCACUUGGAUCCAUAUACUGGCUGGGACUGCUGCAUAUUAUAUAGUGGGCUUUGAAAUUCAACACAAGUAUGGGUGGAGAGAAGCUGGUGGCUUGCAUGUUAAGUUUGACACUAAUGAGGUCAGUUUAUGGUCAGCACAUGCCAGAAGAACCAUGCUCAGUCCAGAUCCUUGUCCCUGGACUCAAAGGUGAAGCAGGAGAGAAAGGAGAGAAAGGAGCACCUGGGAGACCUGGGAGAUUAGGGCCAUCUGGAGAGCCAGGUCUCCCUGGAGUCAAAGGCCAAAAAGGUAGUCCUGGACAUUAUGGGAAGAUGGGUCCCUCUGGACUCAAAGGUUUAAAAGGUGAUAUGGGAGAUCCAGGACCGAAGGGCCCAAAUGGAGAGCCAGGUGUCCCCUGUGAGUGUGCACCCUUACGGAAAAUGAUUGGUGAAAUGGAUAUUCAAGUGGCGCAAUUAACCAGUGAGCUGAAGUUCAUUAAAAAUGCACUGCCCUCCCCUGCAGCUGUCGCUGGCAUCAAAGAGACAGACAGCAAGGUCUAUCUGCUGGUGAAAGAGGAAAAGCGCUCCAGGGAUGCGGAGGUGUUUUGUCAGGGUCGAGGUGGACACCUGGCCAUGCCCAAGGAUGAGGCGUCUAACAGAGUCAUCGCUGGCUACGUCACCGAAGCUGGCCUCAGUCGAGUGUAUAUCGGCAUCAACGACCUGGAGCGAGAAGGUCACUUUGUGUAUGUAGAGCGUUCACCCAUGACCACUUUCAGCAAGUGGAGGGAGGGCGAGCCAAACAACGCUUACGAUGACGAGGACUGCGUCGAGAUGGUGUCUUCAGGCGAGUGGAUUGAUGUAGCUUGUCACCUCACCAUGUACUUUGUGUGUGAGUUUGACAAGGACACAGUAUGACUUAAUGGAGCAUCUAUUGGGCGGAAAGUCAAUUAGAAGUGUU